GGUUUAAACUCUGGACUUGAAGCUGUUCUGGCCGCGGAGGUCGGUGAGCGAGUCUUUCCAGCUCCGCUGCAUGGAUUUCAGCGCGAGCCUGAAGGAUGGAGUAAUUUUUCUUUUCUUUUUUUAAAGAUAAAGAACAAAGAAUCAGAGAUGAGAACUCAAAUUUUACUGCUUUGUUAAAAAAAAAUGACAUAGUUGCACAAGAAGCGCCGAGGAAGACUCGCGCGACGCGCGCGGAUAGAGGAUGUGGAUUUAAACUCGCAGAAAUCUCCACAAACGUAUUUUUCCUUUCUUAUUUAUUUUCCAUGUUUUUCUUUCUUUUGUCCUGCUUUUCUUAAAAAAAAAAAAAAAAAAGAAAAAAAGAAAAAAGUCAUCAUCAACGUCUUCAUUAUAUUUGAUGGCAGCGGAGAGUCGCGCGCCUGUCCCCGUGCUUUCAGUCCGGGCUGCAGGGAAACCUGGAUCUGUGAGCGCUGCUGGGACCCGAGCGCAGGCUGUGUGAGCGUGAACCCGUCUCUGUAAAAUGGAUCUGCCAGGUGGACACAUAUGAACAGACAUGGAGGCCAUCAGCGCCGUCAACACAACGCAGGAUGAGCUUCGCCUCCUGCCGCUGCCUGAUGGUGACCCAGGCAACCUCGCUUACCCUGAUUACGACCCAAAUGUCAGCGCCCAGCUUCCCAGUCUGCCUACAGGGUUUGAGGGAGUGAAUUUUCCAGAGGACCCAAUUAGACUGCUGAGUGUGCAGGUGGUGUUAAUCUUGGCCUACAGCACCAUCAUCGUGCUGGGGGUUCUGGGUAAUUCUCUGGUCAUCUACGUCAUCUAUCGCUUUAAGACACUGCGAACUGUCACCAACUUCUUCAUCGCUAAUCUGGCCGUUGCCGACCUGCUAGUCAACACGCUGUGCCUCCCCUUUACACUCGUCUACACGCUGCAGGGAGAGUGGAAAUUCGGCAGCACGCUUUGCUUCCUCCUUCCCUACGCCCAGGGACUCGCCGUGCACGUCUCCACGGUUACGCUCAAUGUUAUCGCCCUGGACCGCCACAGGUGCAUCGUGUACCACCUGGAGACCAGGAUGCGCAAAGACGUUUGUUUCGGGGUGAUUGCUCUGACCUGGGUGCUGAGCGCCGUGCUGGCCAGCCCUCUGGCCAUUUUCAGAGAGUACGGCUCCUUCACAUUGGAGCCCGGACACACCAUACAGGUGUGUACGGAGAAGUGGCCGGGUAAAAACACAGACGGCACCGUCUACAGCAUCUCCAUGCUGAUCCUGCAAUAUUUCCUGCCACUGUCCAUCAUCUCCUUCGCCUACGCCCGCAUCUGGUCCAAGCUGCGUGGCCACGUCAGCCCGGCAGAGAGCGGCGGCAAUAGCAGCGCCGGUUCUGAGCGACACCGCCGGCGUCGCAAAACCACCAAAAUGCUGGUGACCAUGGUGGUGGUGUUCGCCGUCAGCUGGCUGCCCUUCCACGCCUUCCAGCUGGCCACCGACAUUGACAGCACGGUGCUGGACAUGCGUGAUUUCCGCCUCCUGUACACCAUCUUCCACGUGGUUGCCAUGUGCUCCACCUUCGCCAACCCGCUGCUGUACGGCUGGAUGAACCGCAACUACCGCGCCGCCUUCCUUGCUGUGUUCAAGUGUCACAGGAGCGGGGAGAGGGGGCGGACCGGCCGGUUGGACAGCAUCCACCCUGUUGGAGGUGGAGGCGGAGGUGGAGGGAGGGCGAAGAAGAUCGUCCUGGAAACCCAAGACGCUAUGUCAACACACCUGAAUGCCACAGAUGUGUGAAAUCCUUUGGAGGAUGAAAAUGUGAAGCUGAUGGAGGAGAGGAAGGGAACAACGGAUGGAGAUGGACGAAAUAAAAUCAUUGUUUGGGAAUCUUUUCUUCCCCGGAAGACAAAAGACUUGAGUAAGAAAAUUCCACGUUGGGACAGAAACAGAAGUGUGAUAAAGACUUGAGUGAAAAUAGAAACUACGGCGCUGAAGGGAGCUGGUGGAGGGGAUUAAAGAGUUUUCAGAAGCCCAAAAUAGAGGAGGAGGAGACGAUGAGGAUUAGAAGAAUGACACUAGAGAGGAAGAGGACCUGCUCUGAAAGGCUCUGGAACAAUUGAAGCAGCAUGUCUUUGUGGAUGUGACCUCAUCGUGACUGUGAACUCCUGCAUGUCAUUCUUCAGGGCAUUUGUUCACAGAAAAAAUAAUCUAAGAUACUCACAGAAAAAGUACAGCAAGGUUUGUUUAAUUAAAGAGAAACAGAUCAUGAAUAUGCUUCAAUUAAAGGGAUUUUCUUUGUUUCAUGGUGACAAACUGACUUUCUAAUCUUGCUGAAACAGAGCUUUACUCCAUCUUCACGGCACAAGUGAAGCCUUCAGCUCAUCCAUCUUACCCUGAGUGGCUUAAUAAGGAAAGGGAGUGUGUUUGUGUCUGUAUGUGUGUGUAUGUGCGUGUGUGUGUCUCUGUUGGGGGUGGGGUUAAUGAGCGACCACUGUCGAGUAAGAAGAAGACAAGACAAAAAGAAUAUUUCUGUGGGUGAAAGAUGUGGCUGGCUGGGUCUGGACAGAGCUGAGGAAGGGCGCAUGAUGCAAGCUCUGUGAAAUCUCCGAGGGAAUGUUUAACGUGGAUUAUCCGGAGUUGUAGGAAUCCAGAAUGGAAAAGUGGACUAGUGGCAGAUGUGACACAUUAUGACUGAGAUGUUGGGGAAAAGGGGACCAAUAGCUACAAUUCAUCCAGCUGUGCUCUAGAAGGGAGAUGCUUUUAUAAAUGACUGGGUAGAUGAAGGAGAAGGGGCAAAGGAAUAAGAGACGAGGGCAGAAGAGGAACAGGCGCUGAGGGGCAUCAGUGGGACGGAAGAUGUGUGAAAUGUGGGUUAAUGAGAUGGCAUGUAAAAGCAAAAGAUAUUUCAAACGAACUGGCUCCAAUUUAGUUCAAACAGCUGAGAAAGGAUCUCCACUUUCAAGCCAAUACAUGAAUGUUUGGAAAAAAAAUUACAACUAGAGUGAUUGAUUUGAUUUGGCUCUUUUGGGGGUUAAUUUCAGAGCCUUUGUUCAUCUGGCUGAAACGCUGGUUUUAAAGGCACAAGGACUGGAUUUUUACUUUUAGUUGAAAUCUUAUGAUGACUUUUAGUUCAGCUUCAUUUCAAAAACCUAAUUUACCCUUUGACGGCCACUUCAAUUUACCUCUUUGUUGGUCACAAAAAAAAUCUAUUUAAUGUCUGCAAAAUAUGUAGACGCCCCCAAGUGCAAGAUCAGUCAACAGUUCCUUUUCACUGUUUUCCAGAAAAUAAAAAAAACUCGAGCUUGUUACAUACGCCACAGAAGCGAGGACUUACCUGUGUAUGCGAGGAAUAACAUUAGUUUUAAUCCAGUCAAUUCAUGCUAAUGAUGGGAAGUUCAGCUCUUUUCAAAGAUUCAGCUCUUUUGACUCGGCUCCCAUAGAAGAGUCGGCUCUUUCGGCUCCCAAAUGGCUCUUUAUUUGGUUUCACUCAGAGUUUUACUUAAGUCUAAUUUAGC